AUGAACACUACUCCACACGAUGCCUCUCCCUCUUCCGACGCCGUAUCGAUCUGGGAGCAGGCCUAUCACGAUGCAUGGCGACACUUCCAAACCAUCAUUGUCGAGGUGCUGAAUAGACUAAACUGGCACAAUCCGUCCCCCGAAGACCACCAGACAACCAUCGAGAAAUUAGGUCGACUUCCAGUCGAGGUGGACAAUAUCCGAAGCACGGGACAGGCGAUGUUUGAGCAUGCUCCAGGCUGCCAGACUGUGCGAGAGCAGCAUCUUACUUACUUCGUUGAUGAUUUUAUCGAGGACUGUCACAAGCUACACUUCAAGCUGAAUAUGUUUUCAUGGAGGCUGAUAAAUCGCCCGAAUAGUGACCGGACAGUUUCCAAUCGCCUUCUCAGCCUACUAGACACGAUCAAGGAUCGUGUGCCUGACUAUCAUGUGCCUGACUGA